AUGGCCCACUUUGUCGUCACCGUUGGCCCCCUUCCCCAUCCACCCGUCGCCGCCACCCACCUACCUUUCUUCCUCGGGAUCUCUCUCCCGAUCCAAAUCCAGCCGCAGCCAACCAUCUCCCUCCUCGUGUUCAGCCACCACCAACCAGUGCUUCCUCCCUCGAAUCCACUCCACCAACCAAAUCACCGGCCACCUCCCUUGUUCUACGCGCUGCCCAAGUCGCAGCAGCCUUGGUCCCGAGCUCCUCCUCUGCUUCUUGCCCAGGUGCCCGAGCCAAACUCUUCUCCCCUCGAUCCCGAUUGGAUCGUGAAGCCGCCCAAGGCCUCGAGCAGGAGAGCUCGUCCUCGUCUCCUCGCGACCCCGAGCCAACCUCGCCUUGUUCGACCCCACCGCCCUGCCGCACGUCCGGCCGUGCCGGGAACUGUCUCCGCUCCUCCUCCGCAACCCCGGGCACCCCUCGCGAGCGCUGCUUCCUCACGCCUCGUCGUCGUCCCGCUCGUCCAAGCCUCCUCUGUCGCUGCCAUCCGAGCUCCUCAAGUCGACGCUUUCCAGGAUCUCGACGACCUCGCCGUCCUGGCCUCCUCCGCCACGCUGGCGAGCGCGACGCCGGAGCACCGCAGGUCACCGUGCAUCUGCCCAUCCUUCUCCUCCCGGUCCUUCCCGGCUGUCUCUCCCUCUAAUUUCUCGCUCUUAUGCCUAGGGAUCCGCCACCACGUCGCCGGAUCUCACUGCCUCAGCCUCGGGUCCAUCCAUCCUCUCUGUUUCCCGCUUCUCCACGCCGUCCCUUGCCUGCUGGUUCCCGCCGACCCAGUCGCCGCCGUCGCGCCAAGUCCGCCGCCAACUGCUGAUGUUGCUUUGCUUCCUGUCGAAAGGACGCCUGCCCGCUUGAACCCAAGUCAGGCACGAGUUGAACACGCCCCUCGACCCCGCGCCUGGCUCGCCGCCUCUUUGAUUUGUCGGCCCAGCCAGAGGCCUCCUCAACCGGCCUACCUCUCCAUCGACUGGGCUUGGCCCAUGGUUUACACGAAGAGGGAGAAUGCGGGCAGCUGGAAUUCUGGGCUAAAAAGGGAGCAAAUUUUAGAGACCUAUUCUAUGAUGCUCCUUGUGGAGCUGGUGCCGGUGUCAGAGCAGGUGCCCGUGUCGGUGCCCGAUCCUCUGGUAGACCAGCCUGAUCCGCUGAUGCGGUCGGUGCCCAAUCCUCAGGUGGAUCAGACUGAGCUACUGCCACUGUCAGUGCUAGAGCCAGUGCCGUCUGAGAAGGUGUCAGUGCUCGAUCCGAUGCUGAAGGUGGUACCGAUGUGCGAGACAGCAGCGAUCAUCUCUGGUCUGCUAUGA